AUGAAAUAUUCCUUCGGUAAACAAAUGCGAGAACAAUUCUUGUUCGAAGAUGGCUGGACAAAUAUGAACCAUGGUUCCUUCGGAGCAGUUCCAAAUUAUGUACGAAGUGUGUUGCACGAAAAGCAGAACCUGGUAGAAUCGACGCCGGACGCUUUUAUCCGCUUUGGAUAUGGAAGUCAAUUACUGGAAUCUCGCAAAGCGAUCGCCAAACUGGUCCAUGCCCCGGUGGACACCGUUGUCCUCUUGCCAAAUGCAAGUAGCGGCAUUGAUACUAUUCUUCGGAAUCUAGAGUAUUCAGAGAACGAUCAUAUUUUGAUUUUUGACACGGUGUAUGGAACAGUGGAACGAGCAACUUUGCAUCUUUCUGAAACAACUGGUGUGAAUAUAACACGCAUUGCCUUGGAGUAUCCAAUCUCGGAUUAUGAGGUUAUCUCUCGCUUUGAGGCCACUGUGGACAAAAUACGAAAGAGAGGGGAAGAGGUCAAGGUGGCUGUCUUUGAUGUCGUGAGCUUUCAGCCAGGCGUGCUGAUGCCUUUUGAAGCCCUUGUUGAAUCAUGCAGAAGAUUCAAUGUACUAUCAUGCGUUGAUGGUGCCCACUGUGCUGGUCAGAUUCCAAUCGAUCUUGUCAACCUCGAUCCAGAUUUCUUUGUCAGUAAUCUUCACAAGUGGUUGUUUGUUCCACGUGGGUGUGCUAUUCUCUACGCACCAUACCGCACUCAGUAUCUGUUUCGAACAAAUUUUCCAACCAGCUGGGGGUACUCACCGAAAGAGGGAUCAUGUCACAAUACAUUCACGCAGACAAAGGGGAAUCAGACGGCAUUUGAAGCUCUUUUUGAGAGCUUUGGAACCAUGGAUUACAGUGCAUUUCUGUGUAUUCCAGCAGCUUUGCGCUUUCGCGAAGCAAAUGGUGGCGAGGUUGAGAUCAUGAGAUACAAUUCUCAACUGGCACAGAAGGGAGGGGCACUGAUUGCGCAAAUUAUGGGCACCAAGGUCCUUGACAAUGAUAAUGGAACACUGACUAGGGGGUGCAGCAUGGUUAAUGUUUUGCUCCCAGUUGAGUUGGAUGGGGUGGAGAAGCCAUCAACAAUUAUCGAUUGGAUAUCAAGAUCACUGGUUUGGAAGUAUCGGACAUUUGUUCCUGUCUUUGAGCAUUCGGGAUGUCUUUGGAUCAGAGCAAGUGGUCAGAUAUAUCUUGAGGAAAAGGAUUUUGCGUUUCUGGGGAAGGCAUUGAAAGAUCUCUGUCUCGAGUUGAAGCAAAGACGUGAACUAGCGACACUGGAUAUUGUUUGUCAAGCGCCCACCGUGACCUCUUCCGCAAAAAAGCCACGAUGGUAG